AUGGCUGAAUCAAAAAUAGAUCCAGACAUUUUGUCAGAAAUAACUGAUAAUUUUUAUGACAAAGAGCCCUUUGGUGAUUUUCAACUGGUGCAAUCAAAUGAGAGAUUAUUCAGAGAAGUAGACCCUGAUAAUUUCUUGGAAAUUAAUGAGAAUAUCAAUACUAAAAAGAAGACCAUGUAUGACAUGAAACUUAUUAAUGCCUUCCUUAUGUCAAAAAAUGAAACAAGACUGAUACAGUUUAUACCUCCUGAUCAAUUAAACAGCCAUCUCUGUAAUUUCAUCCUGGCAGUUACCAAAAAUGAUGGUUCCGAGUAUGAACCCACUACCCUUCGAGGGUUCUUAGGAUCAGUUGAUAGACAUUUACGGAGUGUUGAUAGCCCUGUGUCAAUCUUUCGGGAUAAAGAAUUCUCUAAAACAAGAGCAGUCUUAAAAAGGAAACAACAAGAGUUAAAAAAGAUUGGACUAGGAAAUAAGCCAAAAGCAGCAGAAACGCUGGAUGAAUGGAUGAUUGCGAAAAUGCAUGAAGCCGGAACACUUGGAACAAAAAAUCCACGAGCUCUUCUCCACUCCAUGUGGUUUAUAUGUACCACAUACUUCGGUAUGAGAACCGGUAAAGAAAUCCAUCAACUUUGCUGGGGUGAUGUAAAACUCAGUUUGGAUGAAGUCAGUGGCACUGAAUACAUAAUCCUCGACACAGAAAGACAAACCAAGACCAGAACUGGGGAAAAUCCCAGAAAUAUACGGGCUGUGAAACCAAGGGCUUAUGAAAACCAAGAGAAUCCAGAGAGCAAUCCUGUAUAUAUUUACAAGGUUUUCGCUUCUAAAAGGCCAGUUGAGAUGUGCACUGAUGACAGUCCAUUUUUCUUAACACCUGGAACUAAGGCUACUAAAUGUUGGUUUAAGAAGUGUGCCAUGGGUAUCAACUCCAUAUACAAUAUCAUGAAUGAAAUGAAAAAAGAUGCAGGAAUUGAUAACCCUAGAAUCACACCAUACAGUUCAAGAAAGCGACUUAUUCAGAAAUUAAGUGAUGAUGGUGUUCCAGCAAACCAAAUAAUGCAGAUAUCAGGGCAUAAGAAUGUAAAUAGUAUCAAUAACUACAGUAAACUUAACCCAGAUCAAAGCAGACAAAUAUCAGACAUCCUGUCCAACAAAUCUACAUGUACCAAUGCAAUCAGUUUGGUAAGACCUGCCACAGCUACAGCGAGCAAUCCAGCCUCAGCGUUAGAACUUACUCAUGGUGCUGCAACUAAUUCGAAUGGAAAUUUCCCACCCGGUUUCUUCAUAAAUUCAAAUAUACAUGGAAAUGUUAUUAUAAAUAUGGGAAGCAAGACGGAAAGUCAACAGCUAUCGCAAACAAAUCAUCUUCAAUAUUCAGGUCAUCACACACCUAGCCCAGCAUCAUCAAAUAUUGAAAGUCCACGCCAGAGGCCAUUUAAACGAAUUAGAUAUGUUGUAGAUAGUGACAGUGACUGAGCAGGCUUAAUAACCCACAGUCAUGACAGUUGUUUGAAUAAAAGACUGACUGACAAGUUACAUGUAUUACUAUAUUCAUCUGGUUACUAAUUGCAUAACUUGAAAGUGCUUCAUGGUAUGACUGUUGUAAAAUGAUGACUGAAACAGUUGUUGGUUUUGUUAAUAAGUUAAAUUUUGUUAAUUUUCAUGUUUCAUUGUUCUGAGAAAAAUUAUUAAUUAAACACAUUUACAGUGAAUUUAAUGAACUUUUAAAUAUUAAUAUAACUUUCAAAAAUGUUAUUUAAAAAUUAAUGAUCUCAGAUCACAAUUAUAUGAUAAAUUAAAUACUUCAUAUACGUUGUAAAUAAUAUACAAAGAGAAGAAAAAUAUUAAAAUUUGUGC